CUGAGCCGACUCGGUCAUCCUGAAAUUCCCUUUCUCCAGUUUCAGUCAAUUCCAUUUCCUCCAAACCUCCCUGACCAAAUUCAAUCAACUGACGCCCUGCAAGAACUCUUGCGAGGACUCCAAUGGGUCUCAGCCUCCAACAUCAGCUUCUUAAAAGCCCAUGUCAUCUCCCUCUCCCGCGCCAAACCCUAAGCAUCUCUAUCCGUCUUCUUCUUCCUCCCUCCUCAUCGACCGCUGCCUCUCCUUCAGCUCCCUCCAAUCAACCCACGCUGUUCACGCCCGCCUCCUCAAGCUCGGCCUCCAUCGCAACACUUUCCUCUGCAACCGCCUCCUCCAUCUCUACUCCCGUCUUGCCUCUCUCCCCUCCGUUCUCCGAGCCUUCAGUGACAUUUCUGCCAAAAACAUCUACACCUGGAACAUCUUACUUUCCGCAGUAUCAAAGGCCGGUCGCCCGCCAGACGCCCGCAAGGUGUUCGAUGAAAUGCCUGCAAGAGAUACUGUUAGCUGGAACUCGAUGAUGUCCUGCUAUGCUGGCAACGGAUUAUUUGAUGUUGCUUUUGCUGUUUUCUACGCAAUGCGAGAGCUUGGGUUGAGAGGUAACGCAUACACCAUAUCCAUUUCUGCAUCCUGCGUUUUCUCCCAACCGCAAGCUAAGCAGAUUCAUGGAAAUGCUAUUCGUUGUGGAUUUGAUUCUUCCAGUGUUGUGGUUGGAAAUUCUCUUAUCAACAUGUAUGGAAAAAUCGGCCUUGUUGACUGUGCGUAUUGUGUGUUCCGGAGAUUGGAGAGUCCCGAUGCCAUUUCAUGGAACUCCAUGAUAUCAGCUUUCGGCGACUCUGGGCAUGGAAGCUCUUCUUUUGAAUGUUUUAGAAGCAUGUUGGCUUCUGGAUUGUCCCCGGACGAGUUUAGCAUUUCAGCCAUUAUUAGCGUCUGUGCAGACCUUAAGGACUUGGUCAAGGGUGAGCAGGUAUUGGAUGAUUCCAUUCGGCUAUUCAGAGAAAUGGAGAGAUGGGACUCUGCAACUCUUAACUCCGUGGUAUCAGUCUAUGCAAAAUCCGGGCUUGUCCAUGAAGCUCUGAAUCUCUUUGUUAUGGCAGUUGGUAGAAAUGUUAGACCGACAGAGUUCACUUUUGCAAGCAUUUUGGGCUCAAAUUCCUGCUUUGGUUUACCUGAGCAAGGCAGGCAGAUCCAUUGUUUUGUUCAUAAGUUGGGAAUGGAGGCAGAUGUUAUCAUUUCAACUGCUUUAGUUGACAUGUACAUGAAAUUGGGCUCAGAAGAAUCUGCUACCAAUAUUUUCUCUUCGAUGAUUUUCAAGGACUUGAUAUCUUGGAACACAAUGAUUAUUGGGUUGGCACAGAAUGGACAAGGAGAAGAAGGUUUGAGAAAGUUUCAAGAACUGCUUGAAAGUGGUAUCAAGCCAGAUCGAAUCACUCUACUUGGUGUCUUAUUGGCUUGCAGUCACAGGGGAAUGGUCUCUGAAGGAAAGAAGAUACUAUACUCAAUGGAAGAAAAACAUGGAAUCAAAUGUGGCAUUGAGCACUAUUCUUGUGCUGUGGAGAUGAUGGGGAGAUCAGGGAGGUUGGAAGAGGCAAUCAAAAUUAUUGAAACAAUGCCAUUCAAGCCUAAUGCAUCCAUGUUAGGUCUGCUUCUUGAAGCUUCAAGUAUUCAUGGGAGCUUGAGUUUCACUGAAAAAAUUGCUGAGAAGAUGAUGGAGUUAGAACCUCAGUGCUCUUUACCAUACAAUACGUUGGGUCGUAUGUAUGGGAGAAGAGGCAUGUGGGAAAGCAUGGCUUGGAUUUGGAGGAUUAUGGAGGAAAGAGGAGUGAAAAGAGUAAGUGAAUGCAGUUGGAUUGGCAUCAAGAAUCAAAUUUUUACUUUCAGUGAUGAUGAAGUGUUGCAUCAUGGAGGAGAAGUCAUGUAUUCAAUAUUGGGUUUGUUGAUUUGGGAGUUGGCGAAAGAAGGCUAUGGGCCAAGAGGAUAUGGAGAAGGAUUUGAGGAAGAUGAAGAUGAAGAAGAUGAUCAUGUAUGAGUGGAUCGGUUUUCUUGCCUGUCAUGCAUGUUGAACUUUUGAAGCUUGAAGAGGUAUUAUUUUGUAUUUUGUUGCUAUAGCUGCCAAUAUAGUUGCCCAAGCUUUGUUACCAACACCAUGUUUAAGCUUGUAAUAUUGUGUAGAUUGGUUGAACCAAAAUUGAUAGAGAUAGACAACAAAAUUGUGAAUAA